AUGUCAAAAUCCAGCACACAACAUCUCUCCCAUUCCGAAACUAGGAGCUUGAAUCAUGACACAAGGUUUGCAAAAUUUGAAUGUGUUGACGAGGAUGUUCCGCCAUCCGUUUCUCAACAUGCGAAUGAACAUCCAUCUGAACAACUCCCUCCACGAAACGCUUCAAUUCGUUAUGUCAAGAAUGGGAGGUGGAAGGUGCAAUAUGAUGAUGGUCGGUUCGAAUGGGUGGGAGAAGACAAUCCCGGUGUUUGCGAAGUAAAGCCAGCUCAGCAUUCGGAUCACUCCAGCUACCAUGCUGGCAAUCCGCCCGAUCAUGCUGAUUCAUCUUCUUUGAUACGAUCACCCCGCUUGAAGCGA